AGUGGUGACUGUAACCAGACUUGCAGGGAGUCGCCGCUGAAGAGGGGCUGGACGCCCGGCGGGGACUGCAGGCCGCCCUGUGUCAUGAGGUCCAGGAGUUUGCGCCCCUUCGGGGGAACUCUCGGCUAACUUUGGCAUCAGGAGUCCUUUGCCAUCAGGACCUGGGAGUCGUGGAAGUGCCUGCCUAAGGCACCCCCUGUGGGCCUCAGCUUGCUCCCCGCUGGUGAGUGUGGGCCCUCCAGAGCGUGGCCGCUGUUCUAGGGAAGUGCAUGCUAUGCGCUGUCAGGGGGUUUGUGUUUACACCCUGGGUGUGUCUGCGUGGCUGUGUGUGUGCACGCGCACGCGCUGGCCCGUCUCAGGGUCGGGGUGGAUAAGCAAGGAGUUCAGGUCAGUAGGAGGAAGGAGAUUGUUCAGUGGGAAAAGGAAGGCGAGAUGAAAGCAGCAGGAAGUGGUACAAAAUGAGUUAACAAGCCUCGGUGCAGAGAGCAGCGGUGGGUUUAGGCAAAAAGAGGGCUGAAAGUAGGACAAGUCGGCCUGGAAGUUCCCUCUGGAUUGCCGUUCUCUCCCUGUUCCUCUGCCCCGGGGAUCACCUGCAAUUUGCUAGCAAACAAGACAGGCAUUACAUUGGAAUGCGGCAGUCUCCAGCACCAGCUGCUCAUGGUUUAGCUUGGGGGCCCGUGGAAUUUGGUUGCUGCCUGGAGUUUACACCUCGGCGAUGACUCAGGAUGCAGCCAGGGGCCACGACGUGCACGGAGGACCGCAUCCAGCAUGCCCUGGAGCGCUGUUUGCAUGGGCUCAGCCUCAGCCGCCGCUCCACUUCCUGGUCAGCUGGGCUGUGUCUGAACUGCUGGAGCCUGCAGGAGCUGGUCAGCAGGGACCCGGGCCACUUUCUCAUCCUCCUCGAGCAGAUCCUGAAGAAAACCCGAGAGGUCCAAGAAAAAGGCACCUAUGACCUCUUUGCCCCCCUGGCCCUGCUCUUCUACUCCACUGUCCUCUGUACGCCACACUUCCCGCCCGACUCAGAUCUCCUUCUGAAGGCAGCCAGAACCUACCACCGGUUCCUGACCUGGCCUCAUCCUUAUUGCAGCAUCUGCCAGGAACUGCUCACCUUUAUCGAUGCUGAACUCAAGGCUCCUGGAAUCUCCUACCAGAGGCUCGUGAGGGCUGAGCAGGGCCUGCCCACUAGGAGACACCGCAGUUCCACUGUCACCGUCCUGUUGCUGAACCCAGUGGAGGUGCAGGCCGAGUUCCUUGCCGUGGCCGACAAGCUGAGCACGCCCAGGCACUCGCCCCAUAGUGCCUACAUCACUCUGCUGCUGCACGCCUUCCAGGCCACGUUUGGGGCCCACUGCGACCUCCCGGGCCUGCACCACAGGCUGCAGUCCAAGACCCUGGAAGAGCUUGAGGACAUCUUCAUGGAGACCACAGAUGCCCAGGAGCUGGCAUCUCGCACCAGGGAUGCAGCUGAGGCCCGGCAGUGGCUCAGGACCAAGCUGCAGGAGGUGGGAGAACAAGCCGGCUUCCCUGGCAUCUUAGACACUGCGAACCCUGGCAAGCUCCACACCAUCCCCAUCCCUGUGGCCAGGUGCCACACCUACAGCUGGAGCCAGGACAGCUUUGACAUCCUGCAGGAAAUCCUGCUCAAGGAACAGGAGCUGCUCCAGCCAGGGGUCCUGGGGGACGAUGAGGAGGAGCAAGAAGAGGAGGACUUGGACACCGACGGGCACUGUGCCGAGAGGGACUCUCUGCUCUCCACCAGCUUGUCGGCCUUGCGAGACUCUGCCCUGUCGCUGGCCUCCUCCCAGGCCUCAGGGCCUGCCUUCUCCAGCCAGUUGCUGACUUCCUUCGUCUCUGGCCUCUCGGACGGCGUGGACAGUGGCUACCUGGAGGACAGCGAGGAGAGCUCCCCCGAGUGGCCCCGGAAGCCCGGCAGCCAGGAGCGCCGGGGCCACCGCAGGCCCGGGCGGAAAUUCAACCGGAUCUAUAAACUCUUCAAGAGCACCAGCCAGCUGAUGCUGCGGAGGGACUCGCGGAGCCUGGAGGGCGGCGCGGCUGAAGUCCUCCCGCUGCGGCGGGCGGAGAGCCUCUCCAGCCCCCUAGACUGCCUGGCCCUGCUCCCCACCCGCGCCCAGCGCUCCCGCUCCUUGCCCCAGUCCAAGCUCAGAGCGCAGGUGCCCCGCUGGCUCCUGGCUCCCGCCUCACGCCACCAGCCCCGCCGACCCUUCCUCAGCGGGGACGAGGACCCCAAGGCCUCCACGCUCCGUGUAGUGGUUUUUGGCUCCGAUCGGAUUUCGGGCAAGGUCGCACGGGCGUAUAGCAACCUGCGGCGGCUGGAGAAUAAUUGUCCACUCCUCACCCGGUUCUUCAAGCUGCAGUUCUUCUACGUACCUGUGAAGCGGCGCCAUGGGACGGGAUCCAGUGCUUCCCCAGCCCCUCCAAGCCAGACGCCCCCAGUCCCCACCGACUCCCCGAGGCACGCCAGCCCUGCAGAGCUGGGCUCGGUCUCCUGGGAGGAGAGCACCAAUGACAUCUCCCACUACCUCGGCAUGCUCGACCCCUGGUAUGAGCGCAAUGUGCUGGGCCUCAUGCACCUACCCCCUGAAGUCCUAUGCCAGCAGUCUCUGAAGCCUGAAUCGCGGCCCCUGGCGGGAUGCCCCGCCCAACUGCCCAUCCUGGCCGACAUGCUGCUCUACUACUGCCGCUUCGCCGCCCGGCCGGUGCUGUUGCAGGUCUACCAGACAGAGCUGACCUUCAGCACUGGGGAGAAGACCACGGAGAUCUUCAUCCAGUCCCUGGAGCUGGGGCACUCUGCUGCCACCCGAGCCAUCAAGGCUUCGGGUCCUGGCAGUAAGCGGCUGGGUAUCGAUGACGACCGGGAGGCCGUCCCUCUAACACUACAGAUUGUUUACAGCAAGGGGGCCAUCAGUGGACGGAGUCGCUGGAGCAAUAUGGAGAAGGUCUGUACCUCUGUCAACCUCAGCAAGGCCUGCCGGAAGCUGGAGGAGCUAGACUCCAACAUGGAGGCCCUGACGCUAACCCUGACAGAAGUGGUAAAGAGGCAGAAUCCCAAAUCCAAGAAGGGCUUCAAUCAGAUCAGCAUAUCACAGAUCAAAGUGGACAAGGUUCAGAUCAUCGGCUCCAACAGCUGCCCCUUUGCAGUGUGUCUGGACCAGGAUGAGAGGAAGGUCCUGCAGAGUGUGGUCAGGUGUGAGAUCUCACCCUGCUACAAGCCAGAGAAGAGCAGCCUCCGCCCACCACGUCAGAGGCCCCCCUACCCACUGGCCCAGGCUGCACCCGACCUCUGCUCCCUCCUCUGCCUGCCCAUCAUGACUUUCAGCGGACCUCUGCCCUAGCACUGUCCUGGUGCCAGGCUGGACAGGAAGCCCUGGGGCAGCCUUCCCUGAGCCCCCACUUUCCACCAUCCACAGUUGGUGCUGAGGGUCUUGCUCCCUGUGGAGAACUGGGUGGCCCUGUACUGGGCCAGGGUCCUGCUGUGGGCCCUGCAACAGGCAGGGGGCAGGGAGUAAAUGGUUUCUGGAGCCUCAGGCUUUGGGGCUCUCCUUGAAAAGAACCUUGCACUGGGGAGAGAGAGGUUUGCCCACACAGCCCCUUAGAUUCCUCGAGGUAGAUGGAAAGGGAUAGGUGGGCUGACCUCCACCCACUAACAUGGGCUGGGAUUCUUUCUAGAGGAAAGAUCUGAGGCUCUGGGGCAUGGUUUAGGCCUCCUCUUCCAACUCUUGGCUGGGCCCACCUCUUAUUUUGUCAAAGACUUGGGGAACCCUUUGUGUCUUGAAUUCUGUCCUCUCUUCCCUAGGACUCAGAUGGUAGAAAGUUUGACAAGAUUUUUCUUUCCUAAUGUUCAAUACCUCUUUCUCUCUCACACACAUACAUGGACGCACACACAGACUGACACAUACACACAUAAUAUACACACACACACAGUUUCUCUCUCUCGUGUUCCCUGGGUCUUCUGAAAAACAGCACUAACACUUUACAUGUCUACUGUCAGGAUCUGGUACAGAUUCCCUCUUGAAGCCCUUUCUGGAUCUAUCUCUUGGGAGAAGGAACAGGCUUAAAUUCAGUAGUGGUUCAGUUACUUUCUAGCUAAAUGACCAGAAGGAAGUUAAUUAGCUCCUUUCCUCAGCACUAAAAUGGGGGAAAUAAAAAUCUCCUUAAAUGGUGGAAAAAAGUCCCUAGGUAGCGCAAACUAUUUGCACUCGGCUGCUAACUGAGAGGUUAGCAGUUCAAACCUGCUCAAUGGCACCACAGAAGAAAGGCCUGGCGAUCUGCUUUCAUAAAGAUUAUAGCCAAGAAAACCCUAUGGAGCAGUUCUACUCUGUAACACAUGGGGUUACCAUGGGUCAGAACCCCCUUGACAGCAAUAGGUUGGGUUUGAUUUUUGGAAAGGGUUGGAAAGGGAUUGUCUGCAGAGUACCUAGCCCAGUGCCUAGCUUACAGGAAGGGCUCAGUAAAGAUUAGUGGCCUUACCCUCUGAAUGCUGGUUCCCUCUGUCUUGGCCACAUGAUACUCUCAUUGUCUCUGGGAUGCUCUUCAUUCACUCCUUUUCAUUUCACUGAUGAGGGAGAACCAAGACUGAGGGGGUGAGCAGUGAUCACUUUACCAUCCGAAGGAGGAAUUAUCUUCGUUGGGGUGAUGAGGGUUGCUCAGGUGCCCCCAGCCUUCAAUCCUUCUCUACCAGGUAGGCCCCAGAAUGCCCCACACCCACCUCACUCCUUGGACUGGUGCACAUUGUAUGCAGACUCAUCCAUCCCCAAAAGUUCACUGGUGCUAUUCUGGUGCCUAGGCAAGACCGUAGAGGAUGGAAGGCCUGGCCUCAAAGAGCUUUGUGCCUGGUUGGGGGAAAUGGAACUCAUGCUUGGGAAAUGACCAUCGCGUGGUAGAACGUGAGCCUGACAUUGAAUCUGCCAGAUUGGAAUGGUUUGAGAAAUUGGAAGCAAAUGGGAGCUAGGAUGAUAGGGCAGGAUUUGAGGCCAGGAUUUGGGCUGGUAGAGGUGGGGAAAGUAGUCAUGGAAGCAUAAAAUUGUCUCCUGCACAGAGCCCUUCCUUUUCCUCCUUUCCUGGCUUUUUCCUGCUGCAAAGGUCUUGGGCUUCUAGGAGCCCAUGAAAUCCCAGCCCAGAGUGCUCAUACUUGAGAGCAGUGGACAGAGCCAGCUCCUACCCUGUAUCACCAUUCCUCCCCUGUCCUAACCAUCCGUACUUGUUCCAGGCUCCGGAAGAGUGGUCAGCCCUGUACCUUUGAUAUUUUUUUGUUGUGUGGAUUGGUUGUCUUGCUACAUGUUCAGCAGAUAUCCAAAAAUAAACUAAGGGAAUUUAAUAUUAUUGUGAAAUAAAACAUGAUUAGCCUUGUGUUCAAUUACCUACAGUUAUUUUGCUGCAUGACAAUUAACUACUAGGUGGAUGGUUUACAUAAAUCACUUCACAUACAGCUGAAGUAAGCUUCUUGGGAGAUUAUUUUGUUUAUCUUUUUUGUAAUUUUCCACUCUAUA